AUGAAGCCACGCAAAGGCGAAAAUCUGCUGAACGAGGAUGACAUCAUUCGGAUGAUCGAGGAGGAGGGCGACCAGAUAGCGGUGGCCCUGCUGCCGGCCAUCCAGUACUACACCGGACAGCUGCUGGACGUGGCCAAGCUGACGAAGGUCGCCCAGGAGAAGGGCAUCGUGGUGGGCGUCGACCUGGCGCACGCCAUCGGCAAUGUGCCCAUCCACCUCGACGACUGGAAUGUCGACUUUGCCGCCUGGUGCACCUACAAAUACUUAAAUUCCGGUGCAGGCGGCAUGGGGGCAAUCUACGUGAAUGACCGAUACUUGACAGAGUACCGGGAAACCUUUCCGAUGUACCAAGGCUGGUGGGGCAACAACAACAAGACCAAGUUUAUGAUGAAGGAGGACUUUGAUCCGGCUCUGGGCGCUGAUAGCUUCAAGUUGAGCAAUCCCUCGCCAGUAUUAAACGCAAUGCUCAUGUCGAGUCUCGAGAUCUUCGACCAGACGACGCUGGAGGAGCGGUGUCAGAAGCAGUUCCUGCUGACCGGAUACCUUGAGUUCAUGAUGAAGUUCUUCUUUCCGCAGAAGCCGCCCAAAAUAGGCAAGGACAACAAUCUCAAUGACUUUCUCAUUCCCUCAGUGGAGAUCAUCACGCCGUCUGAUCCGAAGCAGCGCGGUUGUCAGCUGUCACUUAUGUUCUCAGUGCCGCUCUCCGUCAUCCAGGAGCAGUUCCAGAAACGGGGCAUUGUGUGUGACAUUCGCAUGCCCAGUGUGAUGCGUGUGGCGCCGACGCCCCUCUACAACUCCUUCACCGACAUCUACAAGUUCAUCAGCAAUCUGUAUGAGAUCUUCCAGAACAUCGACAGUCUCACGGUGACGGCAAACAAUCACGAGCUGCUGGAGGAGGCCUUCACGGUCACCUGCGAAAAUGAACGCUCCUACUCCUCCAUCUCAUCCGACUCGGAGGCGGAUUCGGUGUCCGGCUCAAACACGCUGUAA